AUGAAGAAGGAAGUGUGCUCAGUGGCCUUCUUCAAGGCUGUGUUCGCGGAGUUCCUGGCCACCCUCAUCUUCGUCUUCUUUGGCCUGGGCUCGGCCCUCAAGUGGCCCUCUGCCCUGCCCUCCAUUCUGCAAAUCUCCAUCGCCUUUGGCCUGGCCAUAGGUACCCUGGCUCAAGCUCUGGGACCUGUGAGCGGUGGCCACAUCAAUCCAGCCAUAACUCUGGCCCUCUUAGUAGGCAACCAGAUCUCGCUGCUCCGAGCUGUCUUCUACGUGGCAGCCCAGCUGGUGGGCGCCAUUGCUGGGGCAGGCCUCCUCUACUGGUUGGCGCCAACCAAUGCCCGGGGUAACCUGGCUGUCAAUGCGCUCAGCAACAGCACAACACCAGGCAAGGCCAUGGUGGUGGAGUUAAUCCUGACCUUCCAGCUGGCACUAUGCAUCUUCUCCUCCACUGAUGCCCGCCGAACCAGCCCCGUGGGCUCCCCAGCAUUGUCCAUCGGCCUGUCUGUCACACUAGGCCAUCUUGUGGGGAUCUACUUCACCGGCUGCUCCAUGAACCCAGCCCGAUCUUUCGGCCCAGCGGUGGUCAUGGAUCGGUUCAGCCCCUCUCACUGGGUCUUCUGGGUGGGGCCGAUUGUGGGAGCCAUCCUGGCUGCCAUCCUCUACUUCUACUUGCUCUUCCCCUCCUCCCUGAGCCUGAGCGACCGAGUGGCUGUUGUUAAAGGCACAUAUGAGCCGGAGGAGGACUGGGAAGAGCACCGGGAGGAGCGGAAGAAGUCCAUAGAGCUGACAGCACACUGA